ACGACGUUUAUUGGCUGCGAGACGGAGAAAUGGUUGAGUAUUCCGUGCAGUUUGUGAAAUUAACAAAUCAGACGAUGUCAACACUCGUGCUCUGUGUUUGUGGAAGUGGAGCUCUUGGGUCAGUAGUUUUUGUAUAGAAAGAACCACGCAGGAGAUCCGAGUGGUAUAGAAAUCAAGGCUUCCUGCUUCCUAUCUCCGAUCUUUCCAGCAGGAGGAGUACUUCUCACUGGAGCAGCUGCUUCCUGUCGCUGCUGAAGAUGGUGCAUUGGCUCUGUUCUGUUCCCAGCUACUACAGCAGUUCGCUUGUCAUCUAGAGCUGAAGAGAGCGCGAGCAUACACACACACACAUGCGCGCACACACACUCGCCAGCACACAUCCUCUCAGCACUCACAGAUAGGCACUCUGGGACCAUCAAGCCAAGAGCUGAAGAGGAAUAGCAUCUGUAUCUCAAGCCUACAAGCACCUAACCUGGGAGAGAUGUUUACAAUGAAUUCAUCCCAGGAGUCAAGGACUUAAAGUUUACAUGCAGCCCUGUCUGUUCUUCAGAGCUGUUUUCUGAGGAAAAAAAACAUACAGAUCAGCAAGGUUUUUUUUUUCAGCCUGAAAAAUACUCUUUUCAUUUUUUUUCCCCCUUUCUCUCCUUUUUUGCCUGCAUACAGACAGUCAUGAUUGGAAAAGCGGGUCUGCUGCUUCUCAUGUUCUGGGGCUAUACUGUGUCUGAAUCCCAAGGUUCCAAGCAAAUAUCGCAACCGGGAACUUUGGAUUUUGGGUUUGUUCCCUCUGGAGUUUACGAUACCCAUGCAUAUUAUGAACCUGGAGCUAUAGGAAUUCUUUAUCAUAUGGUGCAUGCCUUUCUAUAUGUGGUGCAGCCCAAUCCAUUCCCUCAAGAUCUUGUCCUUAAAGUAGCCAAGGACAACUUUGAAUCAAUCCAAUCAGAGUACCAGAAGCCAGAAAACGUUGUUCUGACACUCCAGGCCAUCUACUAUGAAAUCGGUUUCAUUGUGUGUGCCUCUCUGGGAGUGCUGUUUGUUCUUUUGAUGCCUCUCGUGGGGCUGUGCUUCUGCCUGUGUCGUUGCUGUGACAACUGCGGAGGGGAGAUGCACCAGAGACAGAAGAAGAACGCGGACUGCCGGAGAGGCUGCUUCGCCACCCUCCUCUUGAGCACAUCUCUCAUCAUCUCAGUGGGCGUUUUGUGUGCAUACGCUGCCAAUCAGAACCUCAGCACUCAGCUAAGGGGUGUUAGGAGACUUGUCAACAGUAACUUCAAAGAUCUGAAAAUGUUUGUCAAUGAGACUCCAGCGCAAAUUGAGUACCUUUCUGCACAAUAUAAUACUGCCAAGAACAAAGUCCUUUCUGACCUAGAUAAUAUAGGCCUGUUACUCGGCAACAGCAUCCACCAGCAGCUGGGAAAGGAAGUACGUCCUGCGCUGGACGGGGCAUUAAGUAUGGCUGGAGUCAAAGUGGAAAGGGCUAUCAAAGCGAUGAGGGAGACCAAGGAGGCGCUGGAGAACGUCAGCGUCUCGCUGGAGAUCCUGCAGGACGGCACCCAAAAGCUGCAGCUGAACCUGAGCCACGAGAGAUCCAGCCUGAGCAACACCCUCAACGACCCCGCCUGCUCCGCCCCCGGCGUCUCUGACACCUGCCGAGCCAUCAGGGGCACCCUGGGACAGCUCACCAUCAACGCCAACUUCUCCGGGCUCCCUGAUGUGAAUACACAGCUAGUAAAUGUGAAUAACGUUCUCAAGACUGACCUCAGCAACAUCGUUCAAAAGGGCUAUUCAACAUUUAAUGACACUCCAGGCAUGGUGAAGAACCAGACAAAGAAUGUUGUUUCAGCCCUGCCUCGUGUCAAGGGCAUGCUGGAUAGCAUAGGAUCCAAUAUCUCCAGCUUCUCCAAGCAGUUCCCUAUCCAGAGCACCCUAGUCAACUUCACCCUGUACAUCAGCCAGAGCCAGGCAAUGAUCGAGAACUACUAUCCCCAGAUUGACCAGUAUGACUUUUACAGGUGGCUGGGCUGUGUGGCGGCGUGUUGCAUGGUGGCUCUGAUCCUCACCUUCAACUUCCUGGGCCUGCUGUGCGGCUCCUGUGGGCAUGACAAGCAGGCAUCCCCCACGACCAGGGGCUGCGUGUCCAACACUGGGGGCAACCUGCUCAUGGCUGGUGUUGGGUUCAGUUUCAUCUUCUCCUGGGUGCUGAUGAUCGUGGUGGUGAUCACCUUUGUUAUUGGGGGCAAUCUGGAGAAACUGAUCUGUGAGCCUUUUGAGAACAGAGAAUUAUUUAAGGUUGUGGAUAGUCCUUAUUUGGUCAAUCCUUCCUGGAAGCAUUUCAUCCCUGGUUUUCUGUAUCAGAACCCUGAAAUAGAUCUGACAGUGGAGAAGGUUUACAGCAACUGCAAAGAGAAUAAAGGCAUUUACACAGCUCUACAGCUGGACAAUGUCUUCAACAUCAGUGCAUUUUUAAACACUAGUAUGUACACCAAGGAUGUGGUGGACAUGUUUGGUGAUGUCCAUGUGGAUCUCAGUGAUAUAGUGCUUCUGGAAGCCACAGGAAGGGAAAAUCUCCUGAAUUUUACAAAGACUGGCAUCACCAGUAUUAGCUAUCCUGCUUAUUUAGCCGAGGUCAACAAAGGAGUUACAAAGGUGGAUUUAUUGGCAUUUGCGAAUGACUUGGAAGCACAGGCGGACACGCUUCCUCGGGGAGCUCUGGAGAAUGCCUUGAAAGGUCAUGCAAGCAGCAUUCGGUUGAUCCAUGGUCAGCAGGUGGUUCCAAUGGAACAGGCAAUGAAAUACGUUAGAGCACGGAGCACUUUGAAUCAGAGCAUCCGACUGCUUCAGAGGACUGCAUCUGCUCUCCCAAAUGCUGUCAACAAUGUGAUUAGUGCUAUCGAUGCAGCACAGUACCUCAUCACACACAACGCCUCCUUCGUCGUUAACCAGGAAACAGAGAAAUACAUGGAGACUAUAGUGGGCUACUUCAAGCAAUACAUAGAAUGGGUCAGGUUUUCUGUGGAAAUGGAAGUUGCAGCGUGCAAGCCUGUUAGCAAUGUAAUAGACACGGUGGAGAUCGUAUUUUGCGGCUUUAUAGUUGAUUCCUUGAAUGCAUUCUGGUUUGGCCUGGGUUGCUGUACAAUAUUUUUAAUUCCAAGUAUAAUUAUUGCUGUGAAGCUAGCCAAAUUCUAUCGCAGAAUGGACACGGAGGACGUGUAUGAUGAUUCCUCUGUCUCAGGGACUUGGCAUUUUACUUUGUGAUAACCAUUUCUACUGGUUCCAUCUCUUCCCCGUUCUUUAUCUUUUUUUUUCCGCCACUCUUUGCAUCCACGUACGCACUUUGCACUUUAAGAAAAAAAAGGCAAAUUGGUCAGAACAAAGCUCCCAUUCCUCCCACCUUUUCUUCCUCGCAUUUUUGUUCCUCUCCCUUUUAAUCAGAAAAAUAAUGCGACAGCUGUCAUUCAGAGCUCCAGCACAAAGAGUCUUGAUUAUAUUAACAGUCCCGUACUGUGCUUUCUCUGGUAUGGCUCUUAUAAUGAAGCGUAUUGUUAAUAUUUUGCUUCUUUGUAUCUUUGUAGUGUUGAGACUAUACCCAUGAAAACGUAAGAUUCCUUUCCAUUUUCUUUUAUUUUUGCUCUUUUCACUACGAAAACUACAGGGCUCUAGAGGUUUUGUAAAUAUAGAUCUAAAAAAUUAUUUUGCACUUCAUGUUAACAUUUUUGGUGCUGGGUUCAACGUUAAGCUUUUGAAUAGCUUUUUGGUGGAGAAUGUGGCUUUUUGUGUACUGUAAUUAUGGGUCAUGACAAAUUGGCUGUUGUUGGAAGCAAAAGACUAGUCAUUUAAACACUUAAUAAGAAAGCGUUGAUUAUAGUUUAUGUAAAUUAAAGUUCAUUUGUACAAUAACAUGCGAAUAUUUAUACUUGGCUAUUUUAUACACAUUUUCGUACAAUUAUUACAUUUGUAUCCCUCGCCAUUAUUUUUAAAUGAGUGAACGCUUUCCUUUUAUUACCCUGUCCUUUAUUGUGGCUGGUGACAGCUCGUCCUGUGCUCCAUUUGUAACUUUUGUUUCCAUUUUUAUAUUUAAUGUUUUGUUACAGUAUGGAAAUUGGUAAUAAUGGUUAUCAUAAUGAACAUUUGCAAGGUAUUCAUAACCCUAUAAUGACCAGGUAACCCCGCCAUGGAAAGAUUUCAUUGCAUGCGUUUGGACACAGUAGCUAGCCGGGGGCUAUUGAAAGAGGGUGGAGAGUAUCACAGGGUGUGGGGAGUAAGUGCAUGCUGAAAUACGGCUGAAAUCUGAACAUCUGGUGCUCAGGUGUCGUGUUAAUAACACUGACGUCUUUUGAAGUGUUGUUAUUCCGUAAUGUUACAGUGCACUGGCAUGAUCAGCAUGGUGUGUGAACCCUUACUAACAAGCUCAUCUGAUUAUCUAUACCAUGUUAGAUUUUUUCAGUGCUUACAUUUGGAAGCAUCUUUUCUGGAACUGUAGCCAGAAAAGAAAAGCUCACAUUUUGCCCAGAUAAUCAGUAGCUUUUCUUGCAUGUGCAGCUCUGAGUUGUGGCUUUACCAACCAUCUGCAGUCAAAUCUUUCUCCUGUGCGAUACCUUCAUUAAACAGCUUGAUUUCAAAUUCUUUCAUUGGGUGGCUUCAGCCACCUUCAAUUUCCAUAAUAUAUGGUUACAGAUUUCACAAAAGCUCAAUGCAUGGUUCUGUGCAAAGUAAAAAGGCCUGGUAUUUACCCACCUUUGUUAACUGAGCAGUAUCCUUCCCCAAAUUAUCAGCCAAGCUCAUUAUUUUAUCCAAAUGCUGGAAACCAGCCCUUCUGAAAUGAGCUUUUGAGUCCGAAAAUUGAGAUGCAGAUGACUGCUACACCUGCGUGUUUUAAAAGCAUCUAAUUGAAGCCUUAGCUGGCGAGAGCUCUUUGUACAAUCCUUCUCCGCCUUCCUUUCUUGCAUGAAACCUGGUUUCUUUCUUUCUCAAAUCAUUACAGCUGUGUAAGCUUUAAUUUUCAUUACGGAUGCCUAACCUAAAGAAGAAGAAAUUUUAACCUGCAUUUUUGUGACACCUGCACAUACUUUGGCAUGCAUCUGUCCUUCACUCACUAACUAUGGGAAAGCUUGAUAGGAGUUGAUUAAGACUAGAAGGCCAAGCAUUUAACUGAAGCACUUCACCCUGAAUCACAGCAUGAUUGAGAAUUGUCACAAUAUAUUUUGCGUUUCAGUCUCGUAUGAAAAUAAUAAUGUUGCCUGGACUUGUUUUCACAUUAAUAGCGUCCAUUCCUAUGACACUAUGACUAGAUUCCCUCGGGCCUCUGCACCUCCAAGGCAAGCAGAGUGGU